AUGGCACGAAUCAAGACACGCAUCCUCAUCCUGUCCGACACUCACGGGCACAGCCCCGAGACCACCGCGGCCCGCGACGCCCUCACUGCUGAGAGCGACUUCGUCGUCGCCACGACCGGCUACCGCGCGCCGCUGCCCGCAGCCGACGUCGCCCUGCACUGCGGCGACCUCACCACACACAGCACGCCGAGCGAGCUGCGCCGCACCCUGGACAUGCUACGCCGCCUGCGCGCGCCGCUCAAGGUCGUCAUCCCCGGCAACCACGACCGGCUCCUCGACGCGGCCUUCUGGAGCCACGACACCGGCGCGGGAUACAAGGACCCCGAAUACCGCACGGAAGCGCUGGAGAUGAUUGAGGAGGCCAAGGAGGACGGCGUCGUGUACCUGGGCGGGGAGAGCGCGCACGAGCUGCUGCUCCCCAACGGCGCGCUGCUCCGCCUUCUCGCCAGCCCGUGGACGCCCGCCUUUGGCGUCUGGGGCUUCCAGUACGAGCCCGCCGACGGCCACGCCUUCUUCUCCGGCCCGCUGCCCCGCGGCGGCGUCGUCGACGUCGUCAUGACACACGGCCCGCCGCGCGGCGUGCUCGACCUCGCCGGCUUCUCGCUCCCGCAGUACGGCUACGCCCCGGAGCACGCCGGCUGCCCGGAACUGCGCGCCGCGGUGGCGCGCGUCCGCCCGCGCGUGCACUGCUUCGGACACAUUCACGAAGCGUGGGGUGCGCACCUCGUCCGGUGGAAGAAGAAGAAGUCGACGACAAAACCGGAUGACAUCAAUGGACGGCAGGGGCAGGAGACGGAGGAGGAGGGGGGGUUUGCGGCGGAGCGAAGCAUCGUCAAGCUGAGCGAGGUCAAGCCCAUGACGUGGUUGGAUCCCCCGGCCACGGAGGCGCAGAUAGCGCAGCUGUUGGACUGGAGCGCGCAGAUGGGCGUGCGCGUCGACUGGGAGGAGGAGGUUAAACCCCUGGACGUGGACGGGGAACGAGACGGAGAGCACACGCUGUUUGUGAACGCGGCGAUUCAAGGGUACAGGCAGGAACCGUCGCAGUUGCCGUUUAUUGUCGACAUGGAGUUGGACGAGGCGCCUUCAAAUACUUGA